CACCCCGCCCUCGCGGCCGCUGGUCGCCCGCGCAGCCUCCGCCCGCGGGCGGGCAGCGCGGCUUCUGCGCCAGCGGGGAGACGAAGAAGGAGAGGCGGCCCCUCCGCCCGAAGGAGGAGCUUCUCAAGGACACCAACACCACGACGUACCUGUCCGUCGGCGGGCGGUGAAGGAUCUCGGGAAGUACCCUGGCGAUGAGGAGGCCAUUCAGGCGAUUGCCGUGGGCCUCGGAGACGAGGACGUGGCGGUGCAGCUGUCAGCGCAGGCUGCCAUGGCCAAGGUGGCGGACAUCGGCACUGAUCUGACAGUGCGAGUCACUCUGGAGCGCGUGACCAGCAAGUGCGAGUGGACGCGCAUAGCUGCCCUGAGCACGCUGGCGGACAUCACGGGAAAGUUCGGGCACGAGACGCGCGGCACUCCGCUGGACCUAGAGGUGGACAAGGCCGUGCUAGCCCACCUUGACGACGAGGAUUGGGGAGUGCGCCGUGCGGCCAUGGACACCCUGGCUGCCAGGGCGGCGCCGGAGUGUCCAGUGGCCAUAGGCGCGGCCCGCAGGUUGCUGGAGGACCAGAUGGGCACAGUGCGCGAGUCGGCAAUCAAAGCGAUCUCCACGCUGGUGCCCACCGGAAGCCGCGAAGCAAUCGACUGGAUAGCUCCGCGGCUGGACGACUGGCACGAAUCGGUCAGGCGGGCCGCGGUGGUCGCGGUGGCAAAAAUCGCCGAGAAGGGCGACCAGCACGCGAUCGAGCUGGAGAAGUGCUCGUGUGACGACCGGUCCUGGAUCGUGCGCAAGGCCGCCACAGACUCCUUGGCGAUCACGGGCACCUUCAACGACCUGCCCUCGCUGCGAAAGCUCGCGACGAUGCUGGAGGACUUUGACCCGCUGCCCCGCAUGGCCGCCAUCUACGGCAUCGCGGAGAUGUGCGGCGUGGGCCACAGGAAGGCCAUACGCCUCGCCGAGGAGCGCAUGGAGCACCGGGAUCCGGGCACCCGGCAGGCGUGCGUGCAGCUGCUGGAGAAGAUCGCGACCAACGACAUGGAGGGCGUCAUGAAGAAGGUCGCGGAUCGCAUGGACGACGAGGACGAGCACGUGCGCGACUCCGCGUACUACGCGCUGGAGGCCAUCAAGAAGGCCCCGCCAGGCAGGCGCAAGUGGAAGUCCGACCUCCCCGACCUCAGCGACCUCGACCGCCUCGGCUUCGACUCGUCCGACGACGAGGAGGAGGACGGCAAGGACCACUGGUGA